AGAUACUUUGGUUUCGAAGUGAGAGCAAGCGCUAUCUUUUCAUUUCAGUGUCAAUGGCUGAGCACGGGGCAUUGCUCGAAAGUGUGUCGCGAGAUCUGCGUCAGUGCCACACAGUGGACGACGCGUCUGGCAUUGCAACUUGUUAUCAGCGCUUCACCCUGUGGCAGCAAUUCCAAGGCAUGCUGCGGGUCGCUGUAGUAGUCACGUUCCAGUUUCCUUUUCUAUUAUUGUUCACCGCGUACAAUACCUUCGCUGAAACAUCAGCUGCGCUGAUAAACUUGGUCGGGCGCCGGCAGCGACACCGAUUGCCGCCAAACCCAGCACCGACAUUGGUCAUUCCAGGAACUUGUGCGUACAUCUUUUGGCAGUUGGGGAUGACACAGUACAUAUGCGAGAAGUAUGACACGAGCGGAGCACGGAUCGUGUGCACCUCUUCAGGGGCUUCGUGCGCAGCGAUGAUGCUGUUUCUGGAGCGAGCCGGGUCGACUCGGGAGGCCGUGCGCGCACAUGCGAGGGAUGCUUACGGACUGAUUGAACAGACGCUCGCGCCAAUUUUUCGGCACCCCAUGGCCUUUUGGGGCAGGACCGCCCCUGUUCUGAAGGAUCUGCUGCAGCUGCUCGUGCCCGAAGUUCCGACGCCAGAGUUCCGCUGGAUGUGUACAAAUGCGGGCCUCGGAGAAGACGCCUUCCCGGCCGAAGGCGGUCGUGUCGUCUGCGGCCUGCGGAGGAUCAGCAUGCGCCCUGUGCCCAAUCUCGUGGCAGAGGCGAAGACCGCAUUUGAGUCCAGGGAGGACUUCGUGGCCGCGGCAGUCGCGGCGAGCAACGUGUUUGGAGUGGUGUCCCCGGUGCCAUGUCGUGUACACCGCGGGCAGUUCUGUUCAGACGGCGUCAACCCUUUUUCACUUUAUUGCUUCGUGGACUAUACGGUGCAGUGGAUCACGGGCCGAUUUCGAACGACUGCGCCACCGCACAUUAUCAACGGUGAUCGGCGUUGGCCGUGGAACCACGUGUACUCGAUGUGGAAUGUUGGCAUCAUGGAUGCUCUGUUACCGACAGAAAGGUAUGCAGCCGAGCGGCUCUAUUGGCUUACGCCAACUGUUGGCGGUCACAUUCAGUACCAGUGGGCGCUGCGCUUCAGCGGCCUCUUCACUUACCAGCAAUGGACCAUGGGCUACCGCCACGCCAGAGAGUUAGAUGUUAAGGGUUACUUCAAGGGGCUCGCGCCUCUGAGGUUUUAAACGGUGCCGCUGCUGGCGAACAUGAUCAGCACCAAGUCUGCGGUCGAAUUGCCCGCGCUGCGCAUCUUUUUUCUCGCGGCCCUGAGAUCUUGCAAGUUGGGAUGAGUUGAACAGGCAUGCGUUAGCUCGCUGGUCAAACACGCUUGAGCACGCGCUAGCGUUACCUGGCCGCUCCUGUACUCUCAUCUGCAAUUGCGGGGGCUAUGGUCUGUAUGGACAGCUCCCCUCCUGCACCCAUUCAUCACCCUCUUUCUUCACGAUGUUGUAGCGCCCUUUUUCUUCCCUUCUCCAUCAUCUCGUCCUUUGCUGGUGUUUUUCUUGUUGUCCUCCUCAUGCCUUCCCUUCCCUUCCUUGCUUACAGAUUCACCCGACGUUUGAUCGCGCAUUCUGUUCGACUUCGUUGGCGAGCGCGCCCUGGCUGCUAAGCUGGCUGACGCCCAAGGGCAGCGCACUGUGGAAGAUGAAAACGGUGCUUCCCCCCCAGAGGAGGCCC